ACAAGGCAGUUUAAUUAAUUUUGGUUUUAUUAAGAAAUUGUGUAGUGAUGACAUUAAUAGCACGACUGAUUCACCUGCUGCAAACACUUAUUAGACCUCCCGCCGCGCGCUCACUGUGAUAACCAAGAAGCUGAAGAAAAGUUAUCUCUGGCUGUAGUCGUAAUAGCUCGUCAGAGGCCGGUGUAGAAGUCUAAUCUGUUCCGCUCGGAAUGUCUGUUUUUUUUUAUUCAUCUCGCAGUUGUUCUGUCAUUUUUGUCUUAUGUUUUUACAUUUCAAGUUGAAAAACCUCUCGUCUUAAAUUUAUUUUCAAGUUUAGGAUUUAGGAUGGUAUUUUGAACUAUUUUACUUGCCGUAUAUCCAGUCAUGCUUCUUGCACACGCUAGUUCUGAUCGUACGUAUAGUAACUCGGCAACUACGCAAGAAUUGUAGUAUGUUUGCGUAAAGGGAAACACAUUCCGAGGGGAACAGAAUCGACUGCUACACCGGUCACGAUCCUAACUCCUCUUGCUCCGAGUGUUCUCUCCCAUUAAACUUGAACAGCCAGCAGUGGAGAGACUGUAAGAAGCUUGGGGUGCAUAUCUUGUAAGGAUGCAAAAAACAUUCUUCUGUCUGAGAAGUUACCUGGAACGCACUUGUUUGAGGAGUGGAUUAAUGGGGGAAUAAGCAACGCUGCUCAGAACAAGUUGAGAAAAAAUAUAUAUAAACAGGCUUUUUGUGGGUGGCUGUUUGUUUGCUGUUUGACCUAUCAAUUUGUGUCGAUAAAGUAUACACAGUAAUGCAUAUACAGUUGUAGCUGUUAUAUAUCUUUGUAAGUCAUUGUAAGUCCUUUUUUGAGGCACUCGUGUCGAUAAAAUAUAAUAAUAGUGCAUACACUUGUAGCUGUCCUUAUUUGAGGCACCCCCCCCCCCCCCCCGCGCCAAAAAAAAGUGGGCUCCCCCAGAGGACACGGUAUAGUUCGAACACUGCAUACUUGAGCAUGUUUUUUUACGAUUUAUUGUUGAGCUAUGAGUUCCUUACUGAUUAUUUGUGUCCUUGUGCCUUAUUUUGCCACGGAAAGUGAACCCUAUUAUCUUAGAAUAUUAGUAAAACUGUGAAAUAUACUGGUCGCUAUUUGGAUACUUACUAAUUUAUUUUUUAAAGUAUUGGUAAUAUUAAAAUGGAUGUAACUUUGGUUUACACACAACAGCUUUAUGUCAAAACUGCUUGCCAUACACACGGCCACGCCGGAGAGGGAGCGGUUACGCGGACACGCACGGUCUAUGAACGCGCACAGGUAGAGUUCUAUAAACAAGAGUUCAGGUUAACCUGGAAAUCACAGUCGCGGUACUCGAGGAAGCAGAUUUAAAGCGCCAUUCACCAAUAUGUCUGACCUAUCAAGACCUGGGUAUUAUCGCCAGGACGUAAAUAAAACAAUUUGGGAGGUACCGGAGAGAUACAGAGAUCUGAAACAGGUGGGGACCGGGGCAUAUGGUACAGUAUGCUAUGCAUUUGACCGGAGGACAGGGGCAAAAGUGGCCAUCAAGAAACUCCAUCGUCCCUUCCAAUCUGACCUGUUUGCCAAAAGAGCUUAUCGGGAGCUCCGGCUGCUCAAACACAUGAAGCAUGAUAAUGUAAUUGGGCUCCUGGAUGUUUUCACUGCAGACCUUUCUCUAGACCGAUUCCAUGACUUUUACUUGGUCAUGCCUUUCAUGGGUACUGAUCUAGGAAAGUUAAUGAAAAUGGAAAGACUAUCAGAGGACAGGGUCCAGUAUCUGGUCUACCAAAUAUUGAGAGGACUCAAAUAUAUCCAUGCUGCUGGAAUCAUUCACAGGGAUCUCAAACCAGGCAAUCUGGCAAUAAAUGAGGAGUGUGAGCUUAAGAUCCUGGAUUUUGGUCUAGCUCGGCAAGCAGACAGUGAAAUGACGGGCUAUGUUGUGACACGUUGGUACAGAGCACCUGAGGUCAUUCUUAGCUGGAUGCAUUACACAAAGACCGUGGACAUCUGGUCAGUUGGAUGCAUCAUGGCAGAGAUGCUGCUAGGGAAACCACUAUUCAAAGGAAAUGACCACCUGGAUCAGCUGAUGGAGAUCAUGAAGAUUACAGGGACGCCCACAAAAGAGUUCACAGCCAAACUCCAGUCUGAAGAUGCUAGAAGCUACAUAGCAAAGUUGCCAAAACUUAAAAAGAAAGAUCUCCGGGCAAUGUUACCAAAUGUUAACCCACAAGCGAUUCAUGUGUUAGAGAGCAUGUUGCUCCUGGACCCUGAAAAUAGAAUAACAGCAGCAGAGGGACUGGCGCUUCCUUUCUUCUCCGAUUUUCGUGAACCAGAGGAGGAGACCGAGGCCCCACCGUAUGACCAUUCACUGGAUGAGGCUGAGCAGUCAUUGGAGCAAUGGAAAAAACUCACCUUCACUGAAAUUCUGACCUUCUAUCCGGCACCAGCGGUGGCAGAAUCUAAAGAGACGGCUCUCUGAGAUGAUUAUUUUUACAUCAUCCAGGCUUUACUUAUUAUUAUUUUUUUCCACUUUCCAUAUACAGACUUUGAACUAUUUUUGUGAGUGAGUAUGCCGUUUAUUUGUAGCUUAUUAUCCUGUUGUUUGCUAGUGUUUGGCACAACUGAACUAUUGGCAGACUAGCAUCAUUUUGAGUGAGCUGGAGAUUUUACUACAAAUCUUUGCAAGUAUGUAAAGUAGCUAUUUUUAUUAGUAGUAUUUUCUCAAGCAAAUCACAUCACUAGCAAACAUUAAUUCUGACACCAAUACACUGGAGAUAAUUUCACUGAAAUGCUGCAUUAUAAAUAAGUGCAUGUUUUAUAUGGUUCAUGUUUAGUCCUAAAAUAGAAAAAAUUAAAUAGAAAAACAGGUUUCAGGUUUUUGCCAAACCCCACAGCCAAAUACUUCAGUGUCUACAAGAGUAAUAACUGUACAUUUUAAAACGGUCCAGAAAAAUCACUAUCAAUGUUUAUGGUAUUCUAUUUUUAAAUCAGGUUUACAGAAAAAGAGAGGUAGAAUGAUUAAAAGAUAAUUUAAUACAUUUCCUGCUUGUGAUGUUUCUAAUUCUUAUUCUUGGUUGUUGUUUUUAACUAUAUUUCUGUGUAUUUGAUGGUUGUACUUUAACUUGUUUGAGAUUAAAUGGAAUUCUGGACAA